AUGCGAGCGAGGGAGUUUGUCAGUUUUAUUGGAGGGGUUGUAUUGUCGUUUACAUUCUAUGACAUAUAUUUUGAAGGAAACAGCCGGUUUGAGGCGAUAUUCAAAAGAGAGAUGGAAGAACACAUAGGAAAAGUGUCUGAGGAUAUAUGGAAUAUAUACAUAAGAGGGAAAAAUACGCUCAGUGAGAUUCUAGAAAUGGCGUAUAACAAGGUGUUCCAGUGUGACGAGAAGAGCAGAAGGAGCAGGAGAAUGACGGUUUUUGGGAAGUGCAUUAUUGAUGAGGCCAACAAGAUGAUAGGGGAGAUAGCUGAUGACAUGGACAAGGAAGUAAGAGACAAUGUGGAAGGAUUUUGUAAUUAUGUUAAAAGUUGUGGGGAGAAAUGCUGUGAUGUGGAGAGAUGGAGGCGGAUAGUUCGUGCAGAGAGUAUAGUAUGCAAUGCAUCUGUGAGUCUGUAUAGUAAGCUUCCUGAGGAGGAGCUUUUGGGGUUGUUGGCUGAGGGGUGCACCAAAAAGACUCUUAAAAAGAAAGGACUUAGUGAGGAGGAACUCAGUGAAAAAGGAUAUGUAGAAUACAAUAUUGUUGAUAUUAAAUUAUUUCUAGACACGUAUGAUAAGUACGGGUGUGAAGUUGUGGAAGAGAUAGUU